AUGUCGGAUAUAGCAGCAGCUGCUGCCAAGCAGCUAAAAAAGGGUGGAUUACAGGGUAUUUAUCGGCAUAUGGCGGCAGGGCUCAGCAAGUUCAACGACGUGAUCAUUACCCAUGGCAAGGGCAGCUGGCUCUACAGCAACGAUGGGACAAAGUACCUGGAUAUGGCGUCAGGCAUCGGCGUGACAUCCACGGGCCACUGCCACCCGCGCGUGGUGGCGGCCGUGCAGGAGCAGGCCGGAAAAAUCGUGCACGCGCAGCAGGUGCGGGCUAGCGCGGGCGCCUGCGUCGGCGCGGCUGCGCUUGCAGGCAAAGGGAAGGGUCCGGGCCGCGGCGGGGUCGGCGGCGUCGAGGGUGCGAGCAGCGCGGCGGAGCGCGGCGCCCAGCGCCCGUCGGGCCGCUCGAACCUGGUCGGGGCGCACGAGCCGAUGGCGGCGCUGGUCCCCCUGCUGAAGCGCAUCAUGCCAGAACACCUGGACUCAUACUUCCUCUGCAACAGCGGCAGCGAGGCGGUGGAUAAUGCGAUCAAGAUCGCGCGGGCGGCCACGGGGCGCCAGGGCAUCAUUGCCUUCGACAGGGGCCUGGGGCCGCAGCAGGGGGCCGCGGCUGCUGCUGGUGGCUUCCACGGCCGCUCGAUCGGCGCGAUGGCCCUUACCAGCAGCAAGGUGGUGUAUCGGCAGCACUUCGGCCCCCUCAUGCCGGGGGUGCACAUCGCGCAGUACCCCUACUGCCUUCACUGCGUGUGGCAGGAGGCCAAGGGCCACACUGGGUACCGCGUGAAGCCCUACGCCCCCCCUUUCUCCAGGUCGGGGCGCACGUGCUGCAACGGGCCCCUCGAAUCCCUGGAGUGGAUGUUUGCCCAGCAGGUGCACCCCAGCGACGUGGCGGCCAUGAUCAUUGAGCCAAUCCUUGGAGAGGGCGGCUUCCUCACCCCGCCACCCAUAUUCCUGUUGGGGCUGCGGGAGCUGUGCGACAAGCACGGCAUCUUGCUGAUCUUCGACGAGGUCCAAUCGGGCGUGGCGCGCUCCGGCGAGUGGUGGGCGCACACCCUGUUUGAUAAGGGCCAGGUCCACCCCGACCUGCUGGUGUUUGCAAAGGUGAGGGGCAGGGUUGGUCCUUGGUGA